UGUGUGUGAUUUUUGAAAACAGAAGAAGAAUCGAUCCAUCGAAAACAAAUUAUGUCGGAAGCCGAACAUCCUCAGAGACACAUGCUCAACAAGUUCAUCAAUGCUUUGCGCGACCAGGGAUUUCUUGACGAAAACUUCAGCAGCCUUGGAAAUUUAUACGAUAAUCGAAAUAUGUUGGCUCUAUUUUGCGAUGAUGCCGAACCAAAGCUAGAUAGAGUCGAAAAAUCUCUGAAAAACGAGAAUGUGGAUUUUCAAGGUUUGGCAACUAUCAUAGAACAAAUCAAGGGAAACGCCGCUCGCCUCGGUGGAAAGCGAGUGGCAGAAGCCUGUGCAGAGCUGCAACGCUCUUGCGGGACCAGCGACGUCGAGCGUUGCAAUGAAGCCUACAAGAAGGUUAACUGGGAAUACUACAUUUUACGCGACUGUUUCCACCACAUUCUGCAGGUUCUUCAAAUCCUUGAUUUGCUUUAUAGAUAGGCAUCUCAUAUACAUUGAUGCUAUAUUAUUACUGUUAUUGGUAACACAGGCGGAGAGGACAAUCCGAUCUCGUGAAUGAAGAAACCGCACAGUCCAGCGUGAUAGAGUAAUAAUAAUAAUACAUGGCGAAGGCUUGAUUUCAUUUUUUUUUUUUUUCUUUUUCUUCUUUUGAUAGCUUUGAUUUUUGUGUAAAGCAAGCCUCUUCGGAUAACAAUUCUAAUUCGAAUGCUUUCAAUAUUUUUCUACCUGAUUUAUUUAUCGUGAGGUUAG